GUGCAAUGCGGGAGAGUUGUGGUUAAGGGUGGUGUUAACUGCGUUCUUUGACAAAACGUUUUAAAAGCUAUACUUAUUUUGGCUUUGUCGUGCUAGGCAGCAACAUAGUUAAUUUAUCUGGUUGCCAUGAUUUUGGAUAGUGGUGAUGAAACAUGGGUACGGCGAUCUUCACAAUGACGGCACUUCCGGAGCACCGCUCUGUGUUUGACUGCUUUCAGGACGCGGCUCUCCUUCGGGGUUUGGAGGAGGUGACGACUGUCCGGGUGAUUACUCCCCCACUGCCCACAGAAAAGGGAUCUCACCGGCAAGCAGCGCUAAGCUCCUUAGACAGAGGCCCUAAUGGAGAGGUGUCCGACAAAAUGUUCUGCUCUGCUUGUCAGUGUCCCUUUGACAGUCGGGAGGAGCAGAUGGAGCACUACAAGCUAGACUGGCACCGCUUUAACCUGAGGCAGAGACUGGCGGGCCGCAGCCCCGUCACAGUGGAGGAAUUCGAGAGGAAGACAGGGACAGGCGAUGUGUCCAGCAUCUCCGGCUCAGACUCCGAGGAAGACGCCUCUGACAGUGACUGGGGUCUCCGUGGCGACGAGGACUCAACCCCAGCGGAGACAGAGAGCCCAUCUGAAAUCGAGGCUGGCUGUGGUCGCCUGGCCUGCAGGGCGCUUUUCCGGAACCUGCAAGGACAGUAUCUGUCGGUGUUUCGCUGCGUGCUGUGCAGCAAAAAGACGGACUCGAGCGAGCUGGACCUCGCAACCUCCCUUCUGAACAUCAGCUGCAAGUCAGUCUGGGUCAUUCUCAUGACGGGAGGGGGACACUUUGCUGGGGCCGUUUUUCAAGGGAAGGAGAUCCUGCAGCACAAGACCUUCCACCGGUACACGGUUCGAGCUAAGCGGGGCACGGCCCAGGGCCUGCGGGACUCCCAGAACCACAGUCACGUGCCCAGAUCGGCUGGCGCUGCUCUUCGACGGUACAACGAGGCUGCGCUCGUGAAGGAUGUGCAGGACCUGCUAGAGGGCUGGUCCGAGCAUCUCCGUGAGGCCAGUGUCAUCUUCCUGCGCGUACCCAGCUACAACAGAACCAUGUUCUUUGGAGGUCGCCUGGCCCCCCUGGACAAGAGCGACCCUCGUGUCCGUACGGUCCCGUUCGCUACCCGCCGGCCCACCUUCCGCGAGAUCAGGCGGGUGCACGACUGCCUUUCCACGCUGCACAUCUACGGGAAAGACACUAAAGUCUCCACCAUCUUCAGUCCUCAGAAGAAGGUCUGGAAGGAGAAGGCCCCCAGACCAGUCCCUCAGACAGAUCUAGAGAUACAGGUCACAGCGCCCCCAGUGUCAGACGAGGAGGACACCUCGGGUGAAGGGAGCCCUGAGGUAGAUCUAGAGAUGGUGGAGGAGACCCUGGGGACCCUGGACCUCAGGGAGAGCGAGAUGUACCCCCGCAGGAGGCGUCGGCGGAGGAAAAAGGAGACUCACAAGCCCCCGGGGCAAGAUAUGGGCAGCAGGGAGCCUGAAGAGCAGCGUGAGGAUUGUGAUCAGGACCUCCAUACAGCUGGACGAGGCCACGGCGACAGCCAGGAGGGGGGCGAGGCGAAGGCGUGCAGGAGGCGGCCCAGGAGGACUAAGAAGGCGCAGCCUGCAGAGGAAGAUGUACGCGAUGGGCUGCAGGAGAGCUGGGAAUGCAGCCUGAGGGACGCCCUCUUCACGGCCUGUAAGGUGGGGGACCUGGAUACCCUGCGGCACCUCCUGCAGCCCACGCAUGAGAGCGGCCAGGAGGGGGAUGACCGCUGGCUGCCGAAAGGCAUGUCUCCAGUAGGGGGUGCUCUCAUCCCAGUCCAGCCUGCAUUCCUCAACAUGGAGAUUGACGAUACUGGGUUCACACUGCUGCACGUGGCCUCCGCGGCCGGCCAGAGGGGGGCGAUCAAGCUGUUGAUGGAUGCCGGCAGUGACCCAGCGAGCAGAGACAUAAAGGGACGGACACCAUACAACGUGGCACCUGAGAAGGACACCCGAAACGCGUUUCGCAAGUUCAUGGCGGAGAACCCCGACAAGUACGACUACGGGAAGGCGCAGAUCCCAGGGCCGCUGACGGCGGAGAUCGAGACCAAGAAGGCGGAGAAGAAGCGGGUGCAGAAGGCGGCGAGGAAGCAGCGCGAGAAGGAGCAGAAGGAGGAGAAGAGGAGGGAGGAGGCAGAGCAGGAGGAGAAGAGGAGGUUUGCGGCGCUGAGUGACCGGGAGAAGAGGGCCCUUGCGGCAGAGAAGAGGCUGCAGCAGCAGAUGGCCCCCACGGGGAGCAGCUUCUCCACUAUCCGGCGCUGCUGGCAGUGUGGUGAAUCUCUGACGGGGAAGGUCCCUUUCCAGUACCUGGAUUUCUCCUUCUGCACUCCUCGCUGCGUCCAAGAACACCGGAAGACCCAGGCGUUAAACCCCAAGCCUUAACCUCUGACCUUUAUCCACCUAACUUUCACCUCAUCACACUUUCCUCAGUGGCUUCUCCACCAGAGAGAACUGCUUGACCAGCAGGUGGCCCCAUAUUUUAUGGUCUUGGAAAUAUGCCGCUCAUGGAGAUAAUUUAUAGAUGAUCUGAUUGUUAUCACAGACAUGAACAGAGCUGUGAUUAGCUGCCAUGUUUCAGUGGCUUAUUUUUAUCGGUGUUCGUUAAAUUGGAAUAAACUUCUAGAGAGAUCUGCUUUAAUUAUGUCAGCCCAGAGAUGUCCAUGAAGUUUCUAUAUUUGCAUUUGAAAUAAAAAAAAAUCCCUCUAA